AUGCGUCCACGCUGCGUAGCGCUGUUGCAUGUGGCCGGUCGCCGUGCUGAGGUAGGCCGAGUCGAUGCCCCAGACAAUGCGGAUAGCAGAGCCGGUAAUCUUUGUGGCGUCGUCGUACGAGUGCGCUUCCGUCGUCGGCUUUGGGCUGACGCUGGUGAGCAUGUAGUGGUGCAGUGGGGUGUCGUGCGGCACGCCCACGAUCUGAAGGAUGGUGGCCGCCAUCAGGUCUGUGGGGUCCUUGCCGGCGGUGCCGUAGAACAGGAUGGAUUGCUGCCGCCCGUCUGCACGGAAAGGGGUGCUCGUCAGCAACUGCAACAGCUGCGCCAGCUAGUGGCUUCAGUUGCCGAUAUGGUGGCGGUGCGUGGGGUGGACGAGGUCACGCAUGCACUCUGGCGUGGCCUCCGUUUCGGGCUCCCACAGGCUCCGCCCAUCGACCCCUCCCACAAUCAGCUGGAGCACGUGCUCAGUGUUCCGAAAUGA